AAUUAGUCGAUAGAACAUAUAAAUAUAUUUAAAAAAGGAUGCAGAGAACAAAGAAGCAUAGUUUUGGAAAGAGGACCAAACAAAUAUUUUUAACAUAGCAUAUGUAUGAAAUUUUGACCGUAACACAUUAUCGGUCCACCCCCUAUAUUAAUUGAAAGAUAUUUCAAAUUUGGAUUAGACGUAAUGAUACGUUUUUGAUCUAUGUAACAUUAAAUACAUUCCUUUUGAAACUAACCGAAUUAGUCGAUAAAACAUAUAUAAAGUAUAUUUAAAAAAGUAUGCAGAGAACAAAAAAAACAUAGUUUUGGAAAGAUGACCAAACAAAUAUUUUAAACAUAGCAUAUGUAUGAAAUUUGGACCGUAACACACGAUUGGUCCACCCCUAUAUAAAUUGGAAGAUAUUGCAAAUUUGGAUUAGACAGAAUACGUUUUUGAUCUAUGUAACAUUAAAUAUAUUCCUUUUGAAACUAACCGAAUUAGCCGAUAAAACAUAUAAAAAGUAUAUUCUUAAAAGGAUGAAGAGAACAAACAAGCAUAGUUUUGGAAGAGAACCAAAUAAGUAUUUUAAAUAUAGAAAAUGUAUGAAAUUUGGACUGUAACACAUGAUCGGUUAACCCCUUAUAUUAAUUGGAAGAUAUUUCAAUUUUGGAUUAGACAAUACGUUUUUCAUUUAUCUAACAUUAAAUACAUUCCUUUUGAAACUAACUGAAUUAGCCGAUAAAACAUAUAUAAAGUAUAUUUAAGAAAAUAAGCAGAGAACAAAAAAGCAUAGUUUUGGAAAGAGGACCAAACAAAUAUUUUAAAGAUAGCAUAUGUAUAAAAUUUGGACCGUAACACACGAUCGGUCCACCUCCUAUAUUAAUUGGAAGAUAUUUCAAAUUUGGAUUAGACAGAAUACGUUUUUGAUCUAUGUAAUAUUAAAUAUAUUCCUUUUGAAACUGACUGGAUUAGCUGAUAGAACAUAUAAAAAAAUAUAUUUAGAAAAAGAUGCAGAGAACAAAGAAACAUAGUUUUGGAAAGAGGACCAAACAAAUAUUUUAAACAUAGCAUAUGUAUGAAAUUUGAACUGUAAUAUACGAUCGGUCCACCUCCUAUAUUAAUUGGAAGAUAUUUCAAAUUCGGAUCAGACAUAAUGAUACUUGUUUGAUCUACGUAACAUUAAAUACAUUCCUUUUAAACUAAUCAAAUUAGCCGAUAGAACAUAUAAAAAAUAUAUUUUUAAAAGGACCCAGAGAAUAAAGAAACAUAGUUUUGGAAAGAGGACCAAACACAUAUUUUAGACAUAUCAUAUGUAUGAAAUUUGGACCGUAACACACGGUCGGUCCACCCCUGUAAUAAUUGGAAGAUAUUUCAAAUUGGGAUCAGCCAAAAUGAUAUGUUUUUGAUCUAUGUAACAUUAAACACAUUCCUUUUGAAGCUAACCGAAUUAGCCGAUAGAACCUAUAAAAAUUAUAUUUUUAAAAGGAUACAGAGAUAACGAAGCAUAGUUUUGGAAAGAGAACCAGAAAAAUAUUUUAAACAUAGCAUAUGUUAUGAAAUUUGGACCGUAACACACGAUCGGUCCACCCCUUAUAGUAAUUGGAAGAUAUUUCAAAUUUGGAUCAGACAGAAUGAUACGUUUUUGAUCUAUGUAACAUUAAACACAUUCCUUUUGAAAAUAACCGAAUUAGCCGAUAGAACCUAUAAAAGUAGAAUUUUAAAAGAAUACAGAGACAACGAAGCAUAGUUUUGGAAAGAGGACCAAACAAAUAUUUUAAACAUAAUAUAUGUUAUGAAAUUUGGACCGUAACACACUACUGGUCCACCCUUUAUAGUAAUUGGAAGAUAUUUCAAAGUUGGAUCAGACAAAAUGAUACGUUUUUGAUCUAUGUAACAUUAAACACAUUCCUUUUGAAACUAAAUGAAUUAACCGAUAGAAACUAUAAAAGUAUAUUUUUAAAAGGAUACAGAGAUAACGAAGCAUAGUUUUGGAAAGAAAACUAGAAAAAAUAUUUUAAACAUAGCAUAAGUUAUGAAAUUUGGACCGUAACACACGAUCGAUCCACCCCUUAUAGUAAUUGGAAGAUAUUUUAAAUUUGGAUCAGAUAGAAUGAUAUGUUUUUGAUCUAUGUAAUAUUAAAUAUAUUCAUUUUAAAACUAACUGAAUUAGCCGAUAGAACAUAUAAAAAGUAUAUUUUUAAAAAGAUGCAGAGAACAAAAAAAAUCAUAGUUUUGGAAAGAAGACCAAGCAAAUAUUCUGAAUAUUUUAAAAUAGUAAAUAUAAAAUCCAAAAGUUAAUGUUAUGAUCUUAUAUGAUUUGUUGUUAUGUUUUUAAGAACAUAUAUAGACAUAUAAAGCUACCUAUAAAACUGGAUCCCAACAAAUGAAAACAAUAGAUCUGAGAGUAGAUAACCACAAAACUUUUACAUACUAUGUUUGUUUUUAUUUUAUAGAAAUGUAUAGAAAGAGAAUAUGACUGGUUAUAUGUUAUGUUUGACCGUAUAAAAACAAACCAUUUUCAUAUAAGUCUAAAGAUAUAUGAUUCCUAGUAGAUUUGAAUGAAAAAGAAGUACCAUAAUAGCUACUAAUGAUUUAUAUGAAAAUUAAUUUGAUUUUGGUAAGGAGGACACGUAUUGAAAGAAAAACUUUAUAAGCCGUUUAAAAAAGAAAAGCAACGGGAAAAAGAAAGUCAAAAAGACAAAUGUGUUAAAAAUGGCAAGGAAAGUAGAGAGGGUGGACUUACACGAACAGAACACAGCAGGGCAGUUUCGUCAUGUCUGAAAAGACGUCUCGACGCCUAUAAAAAGGCAAGAGAGCCUCACCGGCAAUCUCAUAUUCACGCACGCGUAUCCAAUAAUCUUUUCAUCUUCACCGUUUCAUACGUAACUUCUUUACGACCCCCUCCCUCUCUCUCUCUCCUUUUCUCUCUUUCGUUUCUCCGGCGAGUGUGCAAGAUGCUGAAGGUGCCGGAUUCAAGCAACAAGAACAGGGUGUCUCCCUACCCGCUUCGCUCUUGUCGGAGCAAGAAACAAAAGGAAGCCGAGUCACCUCUCGAGCCAGAGAACGUGAGUGAAUGGGAGGAUGUGAGGUGUGUGAUCUGCAUGGAGCCGCCGCACAAUGCCGUCCUCUUGCAGUGCUCUUCCUUCUCCAAAGGCUGCCGCGCUUACAUGUGUGACACAAGCGCGCGUCACUCCAACUGCUUCAAGCAGUACCGCAGGAACAAGAAGAACGCAAGCCGCUGCAGCAGUGGCAAGACUCUGAGCUGUCCGUACUGCAGAGGAGAGGUUGACGGGACGAUGAAGUCUACGAGCGCACGGAGGUUCAUGAAUGCGAAACCGAGGUGCUGUUCUAUGGACAAGUGCGAGUUCUCUGGGACUUACUCUCAGCUGAAGACUCACUUGAAAGCUGCGCAUCCGGGUUUCACACCUCCGAAGAUGGAACCUUGGGAGCAUCUCCACAUGUGGGAGGAAGUGGAAAGAGCGGAGUUCAUUGAGAUGAUCAACGCUCGUCAGAGAUGGGAAGCGGAGCAGAGAUUGUUGGCUGAACAUCACUACCAGGUUCCACACCAUCAUCAUCAUCCCAUGAUUGAUCUCAACCUUGAUGCUUUCAUGCACGAUGUUUUCGUUGGUGUGAGGGGACAAGCAAGUGCCCCCAGUUACCCGGCUUACAUGUCCCAACUUGACUUCCAUGGAGCCAUGUAUCCUAGGUGGACUCCGUGAAGAAGAUUUCUCGUAGUGCCGAUCAAAGUUUUGAUGUCUCUUGAUUCUUUUAUCCAAAAUGUAUUCUCAGUGUUUAGGUUUUAUAGUGACAUCAGCUCUUGUUCUAGGCAUAAGUUUUUUACUUUUUGUUUGUAUUAAUGUUUAUGUUUAGUCAAGUCUUCAAUAGAAUUUGUCUAAAUAAAAAAAAAAUCACAUUUUUUCAUACUUAA